AUGUCAAAAUAUUUCACCAUUGUGUAUAUUAUUCACUACAUGGCUUCUACAAUGAGAUAUGAUUUAGCUUAUACAGCAUCUACUCUUGCUAAAUUGAAUAAGAAUACAACCGAUACUCACCAAAGAAUUGCCUUGAAAGCUAUGAUAUAUUAUGCAAUAAAACCCGACGUUGCUAUCAAAUAUCAGCAUCAUAAUAAAGAUCAGUUUGAAAAGAAAAAUAUUCUAUUAUUAAACCAGAGCAAAGAAAAUAAUUUAUCAAACUCACCUGAACCUGAUUAA